AUGAUCCGUUGGUCCAAAACCCAACAAUCACCAAACCCGCAAGAUUACAACUUUUGUCCUCCUCCUAAUACUCAGGAUGACGAAGAUGAGAAUGAUGGCUUUGAUGCCAUUUCGUAUUGCAGUGGAAGUGUUUGUUCGAGGCGAUCCUCUCUCAAACCUUCCCGAUGGACGGGCAAUAAUAACAACAACGGAUCCACUUCUUCUCAUACUAGACGCGCCAUGAUGCUUGCCGCUGCCGAUGACAAGAGUGCGAGAAGCGAAGUAUCCUUUGACUCGAUUGGGAUUCGUCAGUUUAAUAUGACAGUCGGAGACAAUCCAUGUGCUUUGGGACCGCCCGUCCAGCUGGAUUACAACGAUGAUGGCAGUAUGGCGGAAACUUUUAAAAUUGAUACCUUUGAACAAAAGCGCAAACCACGACGAUCCAUGCGAGAAUUGAGGUUGAGUACUCGGCAACGUCACAAUAUUUUGCGCAAGGAGAGACAAUUGACCCAAAAGGAAAUCAACGAGGCCGUCCUCAGUGCCCAAGAAAUUCGCAAACAACGAAUGGAGACUCAUCUGCAAUCGAAUUGGGAACAACAAUGGGAUGAAUUUAAUGAAAGUGCCCAGCGAAAACUAGCCAGGUAUUGUGGUUGGUGUGCUGUGUGUUGA